GAAAAAGCUAAUGGAGAUGGAAAAAGAGCUGCUUUCAACCGCCAAAAGGCCUAAGCAAGUUGUUUGUAAUAGAUGUGGGAAGCCUAGAAGGGAGAGAGCAAUAGUGGAUGUGUUCAACGAUGAUUCAGAAGCCAAUUCUUGUGUGAUGAAUCGAGUCCAAGAGGUUCGAGCAAAUUUGGAUUCCCAAUUCCCAAAUUUUGUCAAGUUGAUGAUCCGAUCAAAUGUUACUGUAGGGUUUCUUCUGAAUUUUCCAAGGCACUUUUGUGAGAUGUACAUGCCAAGGUAUGAUGCUACUGUGGUUUUGGUUGAUGGAAGUGAAGAAGGAGAAUACCAAGCAAAGUACUUGUUUGGGAAGAAUUCACUUAGUGCUGGAUGGAGAUUUUUCUCAAAUGCACACAAACUAAAUGUUGGAGAUGCUUUAGUUUUUCAGUUGAUCAAACAUUGCACUUUUAAGGUAAUCUACAUCUAAAUAAUUCUAAA